AUUUGGGGAACAACGAACACAGGUGGUACUGAAAUUGGGAUGGGUUGGUGAAGUUCAAUGUGAAUAUGCAGUGUUAGAGCGGUGGCGAUAGGCAAAACGCAGAGUUGUUACGUCCAUCUUCCCCAUUAUUUCCUCAUUUCCUCCUUAGCCUUGAGAGUAGCUGUUUUAAGGUUCAAAUUCUGCAGCACUCACCAACGUUCGUUGUGCAUUGAAAUCGGUGAGUGAGUAAAUGAUACCUAAUUUUCUCAUUUCCAUAUUAACUGCUUCAUCAUUCACGUACUGCAAGACUACCCAAACUCAUUUGGGUUCUCUGCGUCAACACAAUGCUCUCCUUUCUUUCUUCAAUUCAUUCACUUCACGCGCCUCUUCUGAUUCUGAAUCAGAUAGAAACCACCACAAAGGUGACACCUUUACCAUAUCUUACCUCGUGAACUCAUGUGGGUUGUCCUCAGAAUUGGCUAAGGAGCUCUCCAAAAGAGUGAAUUUGAAAAACCCAGAUGGCCCAAAUGAUGUUCUUGAUCUUCUCAAGAACUAUGGGUUCUCUAAAGCCCAGAUUGCAAAACUUGUGGAGAAACAUCCAUCGGUGCUUGUUGCAAAAGUAGAGACUACCCUUUUGCCUAAACUCAAAUUCUUCCGUUCGAUUGGGGUUUCCACUAGUGACAUGCCAAAGAUCCUAAUUGGUAACCAUUCACUCUUGGCGAGGAGCUUGGAGAAAUGCCUUAUCCCACGUUAUGAGAUCCUCAGAAGUGUAAUUCGUAAUGAUCAGAAACUUGUUAGAGUUUUCGCAAAUGCCCCAGUUAGAUUUACAUAUGGUGACAUAUUGAAUAAUUUGGUUCCAAACAUUAAGGUUUUGAGAAAAUGUAGUGUGCCACAAACUUCCAUCUCUCUCCUUAUGGACCAUUUUCUGAGUGCAGCAUCUGCAAAGCAUUCCAAAUUUGUGGAAGCUGUCAAGUCAGUUAAGGAAAUUGGGUUUAAUCCUUUGCAAACAACUUUUGUCAUUGCUGUCUAUGUACUUGUAAGUAUGAGUAAAGCAGCGUGGGAAUCUAGAUUUGAGGUUUAUGAGAGGUGGGGUUGGAACCGAGAAAUGGCUCUUGCAGCAUUUAGAAAAUUUCCCAAUUUUAUGAAAUUGUCAGAGGAGACACUUGCCAAAAAAAUGAGUUUCCUAGUGAAGGAUAUGGGUUGGCCAUCUGAAGAUAUUGCUAAAGAUCCUGUCAUUCUAGGCUACAGCUUGGAGAAGAGGAUUAUUCCUAGACUCUCAGUGAUUAAAAUCUUGAAAUCAAAAUGUUUGCUUGAGAAUGAUUUGCACUUAAGCUCCUUUAUACGCCCAACUGAGGAAGAUUUUUUGAAUAAAUUUGUCAUCAAUUUUCAGGAAGAUGUGCCUCUCUUACUAGAUGUCUACAAAGGUUUGAUUGAUUAUCGGAAUGUAAUAUAGUCUUUGAAGGUUUUUGCAGGUCAUUAUCCUAACUUCCAACUUUUCCAUUUCAUUGUUAAAUUGAACUUUGAGUUUCCUCAGCUAUCACUUUCUUUGUCAACAUUUUAAGUUAUAUAUUUUCUUGAGUAGUGGGACUUGUGGUCAUUAUUUAUGGCAUAUUGAUUUCAUAAUCAAGUAUCUAAAUCGA